AUGGACGGCGCUCAGGAUUCUUCACCGCAACCAACUGGCAUUAAGAAGGUGUUUUCGAGACAAAACCGACAAGAACCAGAGAGCAAUGCAGGCUCUAUUCGGAGCAAUGGGCGUUCAUCAAUUGAAUCGACUCCGGAGAAGCGCCCAUCUACAAGCGGAGAACUAGGACAAGAAGACACUUCCAGCCGUUUUUCCAAGUUGAUGGGCAAAGGGAGGAAGAAGAAGAAUGAUAAAAAAGCAGGCUCGAUUGCGUCUGCUGACUCUAUCAUUGAAUCUAGCACGACCGGUGCCGCUUUGUCAUUGCGGAACGAAGUCUCUGUUUCGGGAUCAUCACCGAACAACAGUACUCACGCUCUAGAUCAGUCUACGGGUAGCGUGAAUCUUCUGACUGAUGACUCUGAACCAGACCAAACGCCGCCGCUUCUCUCACGCGAUUCUCACGCAGGAUAUUUGACUGCUUCUUCACCACUGAUAACGACGACGGCGGUCGAUGAUAACAAUGACGAGCCAAAAGAGGCCUCGCCGAUACACUCUGCCUCGUCGUCGAGACGACAUAGCAUCUCUGUUCCACAGGCUUCAUCGGCUUUCCUCGGCACAACCAUAUCCGGCCCUGAUCCAGAUAUUUCGAAGAAGAGGAGUGUCUCUCCCGCACGGCGUUUGAAAGAUGCCCUGAAGCCCUCUCAAGGCAAGAAGAGUCCUAGUAUCAGUCCAGAUCGAGAAUCUUCACAAUCUAUCGGAAGCCAAGGAAGGAGAAGCCAAACUCUACUUGGAGGCCUGAGCCGAAGUAGUAGUCUUUCGGAGAAGCGAUCUUCUAAGAGAUCGGCCAGCCCGCCGCCGCCUUUACCAAAAUCUAUCUCGACAAACUUUAUCGAAACAAGCACGUCCCAGCUAGGUGAUUCGGUAGAUCCCUUGAAGACACCCCCGACCACGGAUUCUUUGGGAGUUGUCACAACAGUGACUCCACCAACUCCUACUGCUAUCUCUGGGGAAUUCUCCCCUCGUCUCACACAAUCACCUGAGACCGUAAAAUCCGAAAAUGCGGACUUUCCUCCGGGAACGGUUGUGAGCCCGUCAGGCAAUAUGAUCUCACACCGCCGGGUGCGUUCCGCAGGCACUGUCACUCAUUCUCCAAGCAAGUUAUCACAAAUCACAUCCUUGACGCCUAUGGCUGAGGAGCCUCGAGGAACAAACUCACGGUCUCCCUCUGGUGCUCAGAGCGGCUUCUUCUCUUCAGUCUUUUCGGCAGCUCAAAAUGCAGCUUCCACCAUAAGUAAUAGCCUUGGCGCCCAGAACAAGAAUCGCACCACAAGUCAAUCGGUUGACCUAGGCAAAAGUUCAACGGAGUCCGCCAAUGAAUCGUCGGAAGAUCAAAAGGAGGCAAUUAGGCAGGCUGUGGUUGAAGGUCUCCAGCAGGAGAAACAAAAGGAACUUGCUAUUAAUACCCUUGGAAGCGGCGAUUUAGAUUUCAGUCAUCUUGAUAUGGAUCCUGCGGCAGGCGGUAUUGUAACAACAAAAGAUGGAGUUGUAAUUACUCAGCCAGACCUUCCUGCGGAGUCACGCUCGUCUGCCAUCGCAGCAAAGAGAGAUCAGAUGUCAGCACGUAUUGAAGACUCAAGAGCAGCUAGAGCUGUAUCGAUGGCAUACGAGAAGUCGUCCGAUCCCCCGUCCACUACGGUAGCUUCUACCUCCGAUGAAGCCAGCGAUGUCAAAGUCAAACCCAGCCCCAUGCCAUUUGAGGGAGGAGGAGAACAGACCCCUCCAGGAGGUAGCAUAUUUGAAGGCGACACCGGUGGUAGUAUCAAACGUACUGGCAGCGUACGUAGCCGGCUGGCUCGACGGCAUCGCGGCUCGUCGGGCGCUACAGGUUCAACAAUCGGUGCCAUUGGCCUUAGCGUAGGGUCAUUGGGCUUGCCAAACGGCAAUUCAAGCGUGCCACGAUUGACUGGAUUUGCUGUCGCAAGCAAGAAGCGCAAUCGUGACUAUCAUCAACUCUUCCGCAGCGUGCCAGAAGAUGAUUUCUUGAUCGAAGAUUACAGCUGCGCUUUGCAGCGCGACAUCAUUCUUGCAGGCCGUAUUUACAUUUCAGAGGGCCAUAUUUGUUUCUCCAGCAAUAUUCUCGGAUGGGUCACUACACUUGUCAUCAGUUUUGAUGAGAUUGUAGCAAUCGAGAAAGAGAAUACCGCCAUGGUGAUUCCGAAUGCUAUUGCUAUUCAGACUUUACAUGCUAGACACACAUUCCGCAGUUUACUCAGCCGCGAGGCGACAUAUGAUCUGAUGGUCAACAUUUGGAAAAUCAAUCAUCCCUCAUUGAGAAGCUACCUCAACGGCAUGCGGAUCGAUGAUGGACUCGGUGACAAGACUGAGAAGGCGAAUGAAAGCGAUGUUGCCAGUGAAGUAGCCGAUGAGGAUGAAAUAUACGAUGAAGAUGAGGACAACGAUGGUGACAGCUUGGUUGAUGGUGGCGAUGAAAGCGUCAAUGGCAGUGAAUCUGUUGCGCCUGCCAAACAAUUCAGUCGGGAGACCACAGGUCUGACCAGUCAAGCAACCGAAUCGACCGUUGCAUUAUCCACAGCCGAUGGGAAAGCAAAUGAUAAAGGUGCAACAAAUUCUAGUGAUGGAAAUGGGUUCCCUGGCCCUGCUACUCAUGCCCCCACAGAGUACAAUGACCCAGCUGGUCGGUAUGACAAAGUCAUAAAGGAGGAUAUCAUUCCGGCCCCUCUUGGAAAAGUGUAUAAUCUGAUGCUCGGGCCGGCAUCUGGUGCUUUCUUGACUAAGUUCCUGAUCGAUGAUGAGAAGAGCAUGGAACUACAAUUCGAAGAUAAAAAGGGGCUGACUGAACCUAACAAGACUCGGCAAUAUUCAUAUAUCAAACCACUAUACGGCGCUAUAGGACCGAAGCAAACGAAGUGCAUUAGCACUGAACAACUGGAUGUGCUCGACCUGGAAAAGGCAGUUCUUGCGACACUCACCACUCAGACGCCUGAUGUCCCCAGUGGUAAUGUGUUUUGUGUCAAGACCAAGUACCUGUUGACGUGGGCUGCGAAUAAUCAAACCAAAUUCCUCAUGACUUGCACGAUUGAGUGGUCUGGCAAAAGUUGGUUGAAGGGACCUAUCGAGAAAGGUGCCAUUGAUGGACAAACGACAUACGGAAAUGAUCUCCUCAAAGCUUUGAAGACAGCAGUCGCAGCUCGCGGAGCCGGCACAUCCAAAGGUGGUAAGACUUCCAAGACCCGUCGGAAGCAGUCAGCAGCUGGCGCUACUAAAUCUGCGGCUGCGGCUGCAGCCGCAAGUGCUGCACUGGAUGCGAAUAAGCGAGACACUCAAGGAUGGGGCAUUUUCGAGCCUGUGCACGGUCUUCUUGGCCCCGUGUUUGGCAUCUUCAAACCCCUCUGGAGUGCCCCCGUUGCUAUUGCAGUGAUUGCCUUUUUGGUGUUUACACUUUAUACAAGAGGAAUGGGCCCCUCGUCGACAGCUUCCUCCGACUUGAAUUUCCUCAGACACGCGUCAUCCCAACGCCUGGCCGCGUAUGAGGAGAUAUGGCGAGCUGAGGAGAACGAACUCUGGAGAUGGCUUGAGGAUAGGGUCGGCAUGGAAGGCAUCAAUUUUCCAAACAGCAACAGAAAUUACAACACGGAUACAAAAGCGCGGAGGCGAAAUCUCAAACGCCACGGUCAAUCUCUAGCUUCUAAGAUUGAUGAAGAACAGAUCUCGCAGCGGGAAAUGAAUUACGCCAUAAAGGUUGUCCGUGAUCGUCUCGACAGGCUUGAGGAGAUUGUCAGCACUCAUGACGACCAAAACCGCGCUUCUGAGGCUUAA